GGUCAAGUGUCAGGUUGAAAACGAGGACACGCGAGUCAGUCGUCUGCUACUUCCCGCAGUCCGCCACAACACUGCAGCAAAGCAUGGCAGACACCAACCUGACCGCUAUUCUGUACAAGAAAGACGAUUUGCGUCUGGAGGACUUGCCAGUACCAGAACCGGGACCUGGCCAGGUGCAGUUAUGCAUGCAACAAGUGGGAAUAUGCGGGUCUGAUGUGCAUUAUUGGACACAUGGAGAGAUUGGAGAUUUUGUUGUUAAAGCUCCCAUGGUUCUUGGUCAUGAAGCCAGUGCUGUUGUGAGCAAGCUGGGACCCGGUGUCACAUCUCUUCAAGUUGGUGACAGGGUAGCCAUAGAGCCUGGUGUACCAUGCCGAGUCUGCAGCUACUGCAAAACUGGGCAUUAUAACUUGUGCUUGGACAUGAAAUUUUGUGCUACACCACCCUAUAAUGGCAAUCUAGCACGAUUUUAUGUUCAUGAUGCAGACUUCUGCUUUAAGCUUCCAGACAACGUCAGUUUUGAGGAAGGAGCAAUGCUAGAGCCUCUGUCUGUUGGCGUUCACGCAUGUAAUCGUGCCAAUGUUCGCUUGGGUAGCAAAGUGCUGAUUUGUGGAGCAGGACCGAUUGGAAUUGUCAAUCUGGUUACUGCCAAAGCCCGAGGAGCAGCUCAGGUAGUAAUUACAGAUAUUGAUCAGAAGCGUCUUGACUUCGCAAAGAGCAUGGGUGCUGAUGCCAUCAUCAAGGUGGCAAGUCCAGACGCGAAAGCUAUAGCUUCACAAGUUGAAGAAGUGCUGGGAAGCCUUGCUGAUGUGACCAUAGAAUGCAGUGGUGCACCUCCAAGUAUACGUACGGCUAUUUAUUCAACACGCUCUGGUGGCUGUGUGGUGUUGGUGGGUCUGGGACCUGACCUUGUGGAACUCCCUGUGGUAAAUGCUGCAGUCAGAGAAGUCGACAUUAGAGGCAUCUUCAGAUAUGCUAACUGCUACCCAACUGCUUUGGCUAUGGUUGCCUCUGGCAAAGUGAAUUUAAAACCAAUGAUAACUCAUCGAUUUACCUUGGAAAGAUCCAUCGAGGCCUUUGAAACUGCCAAACGUGGAGAGGGUGUAAAGAUCAUGAUCAGCUGUAGUAGAGAAUAAAUCUGAAGCGUUUGAAUAUGCAAGACGAGUUCAUGGAAAAAAGUGAAGGGGUAAUUUUCAAACGGGUAUCCUGGUCAAUUUGAGUGCUUUAGAAAAUAUUAGUAUUUGGUUGUGUAUUUAAGCAUUUAUUGGUUUUGGGGUUUCAUUUUAACACUGUUCUGUAAUCGGGUUUGCGCCUUUUUUGAGUAGUAUAACUAUGAAUGUUUAGUGUGUUUGUGGAGAUCUGAAGUAGAGGUGGAUUUGUCAUUUGCAAUCUAAUUGAGUGAAUGCUAUAUAUUUUGAAAAGAAAUUAUAAAAUUUUGUGAUAAGUAGAUUUGUAUUGCAUACUAUGAUUUACUGAAGCAUGAAAAACGUAAAGCAAGGACACCGGUGGAAAUCCAUUCUUAAUUAGUGCCUAUGCUUAUAAAUAUAAACAAAUGUUUGCUGAAGAUGUAGUGUGAUUAUUAACAGUUUUGUAAAAUGUGGAGAUAACUACUUGAGAAGAUUGCCUUUAUUCAGGAAAACUUGUCAGUCAGAACAACUUUUAAACCAAUUUUGAAAUCUGAAAGAAAAAUACGAGUUUAAGUAUCCAAACUCACUUAAUUGAUGUUAUAAAUACUUUUUUAUCCACUUGACAUAAAAAGCGUUAUAGUGCUGUAUUGGUGUCAAACCAUCCCCAGUUUUUAGAAAAUUUCAUACUGUUAUAAUUAAUAACAGGCCAUCUUAUGCUACAUGAUUGUUUGAGUAAUCUUAAUCGCAGUCUCAACAGACUAGCAUUCUCUGCUUGUGGCAUCUGUUUACAUGGCUGGGUGCUUUAUCCUGAUAUAGCUUUAGCUGCUGGCUUUGCAUAAAAGACCAAUUGCACCCCCAGCCGCCCCUUACCAGACUUAGCACUACAGCCGUUCUUAAUGUGAAGUCUUGAUCUUGUGCCAGAAAAGUCAAGAUCUUGCUUCAAUUCAAUCGAUUGCUAAAAUUUAUAGUAGACUGAUACUGUAUAUUAUAACCAAAGGCAUAACAAACAGAUAUAAUGUGAGCAAUAUUUUCAUUUCAUAGUCUUUUUCUAUUUAAAAUAUCUACUAACUUUUUCAUGAGUUAAGAUCACCUUUCCUACUGGCUGCUACUUUAGGAGCAAGUUUUUUUUUUUUUUGACAGUUGUAUAUUUAAUCAUGAAUUAAUCAUUGAUCUAAAGCUCAUAUGCUGAAGAGAAUCCUCUCUUCAAAAUGUGUUUAUAUUGUAUUCUUACAAAUAAAAAGCUAUCACAACGUUGGUUUUGAUAUAAAAUAUAUACCAGGAACCUGAAA